UAUAUAUUGAAAUCUAUACAUGCAGAAUCUGAUGGAUCCAUCCAGCUAGGCAGCAUCAGCUUAUAUAAAUCCAUCAAUUGGGCAAAGGAUCUUUCAUUUCUUUAGGUAUUUGCAAAAAAAAUCUAAAGAAGAAUAUGGAUCAUAGCAAUAAUUAUUAUGGAGAAGAAGCAUACUUUGGAAAUGGAAAUUCUUCAUCAUCAUCAUCAUCAUCAAGGAAAGGGAAGAAGAGUAAUUCAAAUUCAGAUCAUAAUAAUAAAGCAAGAAAGCAGCCACAAAGAGGACUUGGUGUUGCUCAAUUGGAGAAAAUCAGAUUACAUUCUCAUCAAUUGCAGACCCCUUAUCAUCCACCUCCUCCUAAUUAUUAUAACUACCAUCCAUCUCAUUUCAAUUACAAUGAAGAUCCAAGAGUACAAAUGUCAUACUCACCUAAUUCAUAUGCCUUCCAACCUCACAGUACUAUGAUGGGCCUACCUGAAUAUGAAAGAACAAACAACAUCAGAUAUGAGGAUUCUCAGCCAAGGUGGCAACAUGCCAAUGUGAUCGUGGAGAACCAAUCUCAUUCUCAAACAAACAUAACUCAACCUUUUCUAAAUCUAUAUGACUCACAAGACAUAGAUAUGAAGAAGCAUAGGAGUGGUUCUUUGGAUUCUCAAACAAGUGAUACUCAAGAGCUAGAUUUGGAGCUCAGAUUAUCUCUGUAUUAAUUGAUUGAUUCUCAUAUUUAACGCUUAAUUCUAUUUACAAUAUCAACACCAAUCUGUAGUUGGACUGUUUAAUUUGCAAUAUACAAAUCGAGCAGUGCAAACACUAUUUCAUUUGAUAUAAUUGGCAUUGCUAUUUCAUUGAACUAGCUCAGCAAUUUGACUUUAUUUGGAAAAUGGUAUCUAAUAGAACAGACAGAAACAGAAUUCGAAUUGAGAACUUAUGUGGUUUAGCACAAGGGAGCUGUUUGGAAAAUAUUAGAGGACCAUUUUAGGAGUCAAGAUGUUA